AUGAAGAUCAAGGCCCUUUCCCGGAGCGUGGAGGCCUACCAGCCUCCCGGCGCAAAUGCGCAGAAGCUUCCUAGAAACCUCGAUCCUGCUCAGCAUCCUAUGGAACGCGCCCGAGAGUACACAAAGGCUCUCAAUGCAGUCAAAUUGGAACGCAUGCAUGCCGCCCCCUUCGUUGGACAAAUGGGCAGCGGCCAUGUAGACGGCGUCUACUCAAUGGCCAAGGACCCGAACUCCUUGAAGAACUUUGCAUCUGGAAGCGGUGACGGUGCGAUCAAGACCUUCGACCUCACGAGCCGAGAAGAAAUUUGGCAGGUGAAGAGCGCUCAUACCAACAUUGUUCGAAGCCUCUGCUGGACGAAGGAUGGGAAGCUCCUCAGUGCUGCGGCCGACAAAACGAUAAAGCUUUGGGACCCCUACCAUACUCCUAGCGAUUCUGCACCGAUUUCCUCGUGGUUGGGUAGCAGUGGUUUCCAGAGUUUGUCUCACCACAGAUCGCGAAAUGCCUUCGCAGCCUCGUCUUCCUCCAGCGAAAUUGCCAUCUACGACUUGGAGCGACAGAGCGCGGCCCCUGAAGUUUUGCGAUGGCCCAAUUCGACCGAUACAAUCACUUCUGUCUCGUUCAACCAGGUUGAGCAGUCGAUACUUGGAAGCACCGGUGCCGACAGAAGCAUCAUCCUCUGGGAUGUCCGGACAUCUAUGCCCCUGACGAAGACGACCAUGACCUUUGCCUGCAACUCUCUCUCUUGGAACCCCAUGGAGGCUUUCAACUUCGUUGUUGGUAGCGAAGAUCACAACUGCUACAUGUUCGAUAUGCGCAAGUUCGACAGGGCACUUAACGUCUACAAGGGCCACGUGGCUGCCGUCAUGAGCGUCGAAUUCAGCCCGACGGGUGAGGAGCUGGUAUCUGGAUCUUACGACAGAACAGUUCGUAUCUGGAACCGUGACCAAGGUCACUCUCGAGACAUGUAUCAUACCAAGCGCAUGCAGAGAGUCUUCAGCACUAUGUUUACCCCCGACUCCAAGUACAUUCUUACUGGUUCCGACGACGGAAACGUGCGCAUCUGGCGAUCCAACGCCAACGAGAGAUCGGGAAUCAGAACCGCGAAGCAGAGACAGGCACUUGAAUACAACGAUGCUCUUGUUUCUCGGUAUAGCCACAUGCCGGAGAUCAGGCGUAUCAAGAGACACCGCCACCUGCCCAAGGUUAUCAAGAAGGCUGGCGAGAUCAAGAGCGUGGAGCUCAAGUCGAUCAAGAGGCGCGAGGAGAACGAGCGGAGACACACCAAGAAGCAGUUCGAGAGACGGAAGGGCGAGAGAGAAAAGCCGGUUCUGGCUCGGGAGAAAUAA